AAUUCAAAUAACAACAGCCAACUUUAAAUUCCACAUCAAGGGUGUUCUUUACAAACAAACCAGGAUAAAUCAAAGGGAGAAUCAAACGAAACAAGUGUAUGAAAUCACGUACUAAACCCACAUCAAUUGAUCAACACACAAAUACACUUAAGCAUCAAGAUAGUCCCCCCCCUUUUCAAGCACAUCCGGCUAAAUUUGUCCCCACUAUCCAUUAAAAUUUUUACUAUCCCAUAAUUCAUCAAUCCCCACCCCACGCGUAAACUUCCACCCACAUCCCAGUGUUUCUUUCUUAUCAUUAAGAACGAAUCCAUUCACUUUUAUAGACAGAAAUAGACUUUUACAACACACCCACCACAUGUAAUGUCACAGUCAAGCACAUCUAGUAUAGUAGGGGUUCAUUACAAAGUUGGUAAGAAAAUCGGGGAAGGUUCAUUUGGAAUUAUCUUCGAAGGAAUAAACAUCCUAACCAAUCAACAAGUAGCUAUAAAAUUUGAACCCCGGAAAUGUGAAGCACCGCAAUUACGUGAUGAGUAUCGAUCAUACAGAAUCUUAAAUGGAGCCAAGGGAAUUCCAUCCGCUUAUUUCUUUGGACAAGAAGGAGUACACUCCAUAUUAAUCAUUGACUUAUUGGGCCCCAGUUUAGAAGAUCUUUUUGAUUGGUGUCAUCGAAAAUUCUCCGUCAAGACCGUGAUUCAAGUUGCCAAACAAAUGAUUGAACGAGUCGAAUCUAUUCAUGAACAUAAUUUAAUCUAUCGGGAUAUUAAACCAGACAAUUUCUUAAUCGGAAAACCCAACACUCCCGAGGCGAACCAGAUAUACAUUGUUGAUUUUGGAAUGGCUAAACAAUAUCGUGAUCCAAAAAGCAAGGUUCACAUUCCAUAUAGAGAAAAGAAAGCAUUAAGUGGAACUGCCCGUUACAUGUCUAUAAACACUCAUUUAGGGAGAGAACAACUGAGACGAGAUGAUUUAGAAAGUUUAGGUCAUGUGUUUAUGUAUUUCUUACGAGGGUCAUUGCCGUGGCAAGGCUUAAAAGCACCAACCAAUAAACAAAAGUAUGAAAAAAUUGGAUUGAAAAAGAAAACUACUUCAAUUAAUGAACUAUGUUAUGGGUUCCCCAUCCAGUUUGCUCAAUACUUGACUUAUGUUCGUAAUUUACGAUUUGAUGAAACUCCAGAUUAUAAAUAUUUAAUUGGACUUAUGGAUAAAGCAUUAGUUUCCAUAGGAGAACAAGAAGACGGACAUUAUGAUUGGAUGGAUUUAAACAAUGGUAAAGGUUGGGAUGCAGCACUAAACAAAAAGGUAAACUUACAUGGUUACGGUAACCCACACCCACCAAAAUUGCAUCCCUCACAACAGCAAUUAGUUUUAGCCCGAGAUGCAUCCACUCCAUUAUUAUCUAGAUCAAGUUCGACCAAUUCUCCUCGAAUAAAAAAAUAUAGUCAAAAUUAUCAAUCAAUUCAAAAGGAUCCUUCAAGAAGUAAUUCCAAGUUUUUACAACAACAGCAAUAUUCACAACAUUAUCAACAUCAACAGUUGCAACAUCCUUAUAACGGCAUGAUACCAGUUAGAGACGAUGGAGAGUUACAUUCAGACACAUCUAGUUUCAAUGAAAGAAGGAAACAAGGCAAAGGAUGUCUUUCAUGGUUAUUCUGCUGUUGCUGUUGCUGUUGACGCAUAGUUUCGUCCCAUUUUAUAUUAACAUUUGAUGUUUAAUAAUUCAGUUCUGAAAGUUUAUCUUGGUUUUAAUGUAUACUAUUUUUCUAUAUAUACUAUAAUGAUACAGACUAACCUGAGACCCAUCUAUUUUAAAUCUUUGAUAGUCUAUUUUUUAGGUUAAUAGAACCACUUCAAUGAUUUCACACCAGAUAGUUAGAAAUAUCAGGCGAUUCCAAGCUAAUUUUUCUCCUGCCUUUUAGAAAUAUUUUUUUGGUAUCAAUUUGUGUCAACUACCUGACAGCAAUAUAAAAAGGUUGCGAAAAUGGCAGUUCCAAAAUUUUACCUUUAUAUUACUUUCUUUUUCUUUUCUGUGUACUGUUUCUAAGAUUUAUUCUAACAAUACAGAAGAUAAGAGACUUAAUAUCACAUGGAAACUAUUAAAACAAUCAAUAGCUUCUUUUAGUCAAGCUAAGGUCAUUUCGCUUCUUCAGCGCUUGACAUAAAUUAAUCUGAAAUCACCUAACAAUUAAUCAAGAAAAUGAUAUGACAUAAUUUACAAAUAUCCAAGAUAAAGUCAUGGUGCUUACAAGUGAAAUUUAGAUCAACUGAUGAUGUGUUUAUCACGUCGACAAAAGUAAAAAGAAGAUCAUAAGAAUGAUCAAUAAUAGUCCUAUUGUUAUCAUUUAUUGAGGGCCAAAUCUUGGGUGCAUCUGUUUGUGAUCGACAGACCGAAACAAUACCUGAAGUAUUGUCUGUGAGCACAAAAGUAGGAUUAAUUAAAUCAAUCCUGAACUUAAACGAGUAAACUUUAGAAGAUCACCUCAAAUGCGCGUUAUUUAGUGUUUAAUAGUUAAUUUAAAGUUU